AUGGUUCGGAUUUCAGAUGCGAUAAAGCAGGAUCAGGAGGAGAUGCGCGAUCACUACCAGAAGACCAUUGAGGCCCCGGAUGCCGAAACAAUGCAGCGCUGGGGCAACCAGCUUGGUUGGGAGCUCGCCCGCUAUGCCGUGGCUGAGGAGCUCGUUGUCUACCCAGCCCUCGAGACUCAUAUGGAUCACGGCAAAGUCAUAGCCGAUAAGGAGAGGAAUGAAAACCAACAGAUCAAAACUACCCUCGCCCAGCUCCAGCAGAUGUCGGCUAGUGAUCCGCAAUAUCGCGUCACGCUAGAUCAGCUCAUGAGCAAACUGAACCAACACUUUGACGAAGAGCAGGACGAAGAUCUCCCAUCUCUGGAGUCGGUGCUGGAUGAGCCGGUGUCGGAACAGAUCUCCAGGAGAUUUGAACGAACCAAGAUUUUGAUGCCCACCAGAGCCCACCCGAACGCGCCGACUCAGCCGUUUUUCGAAACCGUAUCAGCGUUUAUGCUGGCGCCGAUCGAUCGGAUUGCGGAUAUCAUGUGGCGUGAAUUCCCUGACUAUUAA